AUGAGGAGACUGGCAAGGAGAUCCCACCGGAGAAAAGCGAGCGCCAGCCAGACUUCCAUUUCGGCAAUGACUAUGACCCCACGUAUCGGAGCCCCAGGCUUAUGGGUAGAAUUUUUAGCAAAACAGUGGAAGUCGAAGGACACCAGAGAGCUGUGUUGUAUUUGUCCUGCUGGUCUGAGAGGGAUAAAGGCUAUUGAGGACGUUCUGAGAAUUUCCGAAGACAUUGAUGAGCAAGAAGAAGUGGAAAUGGAUAGAUAUUUGACUCUUGACGGUUGGAUGAAUUACAAAGAGGCUGCCGAGGAACAGCUCUCAAAGUACAAAGGUGGUCUCAGGGCUAUUAUGGAAAAUUACGGUAUAAAAACAGAAGGGGAAAUAUUCUCUGGAUGUAUAUGUGAGAUGCGAAAUCGUAUCUCAGAUCGUGAUCAGGACGAUAUGUCGUUUUACAACACAAAUGAAGUGAUCGAGAAAAAAGUGACAAACUUCUUCAAGGAGUUCCGAAUAGAGUUCUUCCAGGUAGGUUCGUCUCUUUUCCUAGCUUAUUGA